AUGCCCCAGCAUACAUCUAAAUGGAGAAACCAUUUUCUUAAGACAUUUCACACACCUAAGACAUCCAAGAACGCGAACCUCCGGCCAGCCCAAGAGGGAUCCUCUACCAGUAGUCAUGCUAUCCAAACAACCCAGCUGGAGAAUGCCUCUAUACCACAAGACUUGUGGCAGGCUGCCUAUGACCAGCUCGAGGAGAAGGAGCAGGCUAUCCUGUCGAAAAUACAGGUUCCAAACCCACCAAACAAAGACGACACGAAUUACUCACAGACAAAAGUUGUAAUAGACAAGGUUAUUCAGAUGACAAAAGAGCAAUAUGAGGAAUACCAACGGGGCGGUUUAAAAAUUCGACAGUCAACCGGAGAAGAUAUUAAUAUCCGAAAAAUAUCACAGCAAAUUAUCAGUGCUGCUUUGUCGUUUAAGGACAUUGUUAGUGCAGUUGCAGCUUUUGAUCCCACCAAUCAUGCAGCAAGCACUUGGGCUGUUGUCUUACUUGGAUUAACCAUAACAAAAAACCGUCAGGACUUGCGAGAUGCCUUGUUGAAAUCUUCAGAGUACUUAGCAGAUGUCCUUGCACGAUGUGCCUACAUUGAAAAGAACUUCUACCACAAGGGAUCUGGGAUAGACAGCAAAAUAAGAAGUCCAAUAAUCAGAGUUUAUAAAGCCAUCCUCUAUUAUACAGCAGAAGUGAUGACUGCUCAAAAGCCUGGUAUGGGAAGGCGUGUACUGGACAGUGUCACUACAAUCGCCAACCAACCUCUCACAACUCUUCAAUCUUCUGUUAAGGAGGAAGAGCAAUACUUGUACCAGUGGGUCCAGUUAGACCAACAUCUCCACCGCAAAGAAGAAGCCGAGCGCCUCUUAGCUCAAAUUGAUAAGGUGGAAGCAUCAGUCCUAAAUCUUAUUCAGAAUUUUAAUUUUCUAAACCUGCACAUUGCGGAAGGAGCAUUUUAUGACUCAUAUUUAAAUCAACAUGAAGAUAUGUGCCUUCCGGACACCCGAACUGACCUUCGUUACCAAAUCGCAGAGUGGGCGGAAUCAUCUGAUGGUAAAUGUAUAUUUUGGUUAAAUGGUAUGGCAGGAACAGGAAAGUCUACCAUUGCCCGAACAGUCGCGCAAUCUUUUAAAGAGAAGGGCCAACUAGGUGCUAGCUUCUUCUUUAAAAGAGGCGAAGUAGACCGUGGCAAUGCAAAAAGAUUUAUCUCAACUAUCGCAAGACAGUUAGUGACCAACCAUCGGCAACUGGUGCCUGGUGUCUUAAAAGCAAUUGAGAAUGACCCAAAUAUUUCGGCAAAGUCUCUCAAGGAACAAUUUGAUAAACUUCUUCUUCAGCCACUACUUAACCUGAAUCCGAGUCAAAUUACAACUACAGUAAUUGUGAUUGAUGCACUGGAUGAGUGUGAACAGGAAUACGACAUCCGAGUUAUACUUCAAUUCUUACCGCAGUUGCAGAAGUCCAAUGCUAUGCGCGUGCGAAUAUUCUUAACAAGCAGACCUGAACUUCCCAUCCGUUUUGGCUUUCAGCAACACAAUGAGCAUCAGGACUUGAUUCUCCAUGAGCUUCCCACGCCGGUGAUUGAACAUGACAUACGUCUCUUCCUAAAGGACAGAAUCCUAAAGAUAAGAAACGAGCGUUUAAUAUCCUCUGAUUGGCCUGGAAAUGAGGCAAUAGAAAAACUGGUUGCCAUGGCUGUUCCUUUGUUUAUUUUUGCAGCCACUAUAUGCCGCUUUAUUGGAGAUAGAAGAUUCCGGCCGGAAAAACGUCUUGCAGCUGUUCUCCAAGACCAAGCCGUAACAUCGGCAUCGCGGAUGGAUAGAACAUAUCUUCCAGUACUAAAUCAAAUACUUGCUGAUGAGAAUGAGAAUGAGAGUGAAAUUAAGCAACUUCUGCAGGAGUUUCAAGAUACAGUUGGGGUUAUUAUCCUCCUUGCGGCUCCUCUUUCAGCAACUGCUCUUGCGCAGCUGAUUAACAUGCCGGAUGGCGAUAUUAGUAAUCGAUUAGAUGCAUUUCAUUCAGUUCUCAGUAUACCAGAAGAUAUAAAUGCGCCAACACUUGGAGGCCAUUCAGGUUCUGUUAUAUCCAUGGCCUUCUCGCCGGACGGUCAGAUACUGGCCUCAGGCUCCAAUGAUGGCACAGUCAGGCUGUGGGAUGUUAAAACAUGCACAGAGCAGCAUAUACUACUGCACAUAUUCGAGGACCAUAAAUAUUCAGUUCGAGCGGUGGCAUUCUCCCCGGACGGUCAGAUACUAGCCUCAGGCUCUGAUGACGGCACAGUCAAGCUGUGGGAUGUUAAAACAUGCACAGAGCAGCAUAUGCUAAAGCAGAUAUUCAGGGACCAUAAAUAUUCAGUUCGAGCAGUGGCUUUCUCCCCAGACUGUCAGACACUAGCGUCAGGCUCUGAUAAUGGCAUAGUCAAGCUAUGGGAUAUUAAAACACGCAUGGAACGAAACACAUUUGACCAUCAAUAUUCAGUUCAAACAAUGGCCUUCUCGCUGGAUGGUCAGACACUGGCAUUGGGCUUUGAAAAUAAUACAGUAAAGCUUUGGGAUAUUAAAACAUGCACGGAGCAACAUACGCUUAAAGGUCAUUUAGGUUCUGUUGAAACUGUGGCCUUCUCCCCGGACGGUCAGACACUAGCCUCAGGCUCUAAGGAUGAGACAGUUAAGUUGUGGGAUGUUACAACGUAUACAGAAAAGUACACGCUUAAGUGCCAUUCUUUACUUCUGACUGUGGCCUUCUCCCCGGACGGUCAGACACUAGCCUCGGGCUCCAAUGAUACGACCAUUAAGCUAUGGGAUACCAAGACUGGCAUGGAACAGCACACGCUUAAGGGCCAUUUAGGUUGGGUUGUAACUGUGGUCUUCUCCCCGGACGGUCAUACACUAGCCUCAGGCUCUAAUGAUAAGACAGUUAAGCUGUGGGAUAUUACAACACAUACAGAACAGCAUAUACUUAAGGGCCAUUUAUAUUCAGUUAAAACCAUGGUCUUCUCCCCGGAUAGCCAGAUACUGGCCUCAGGCUCCUAUGACGACACAAUUAAGCUGUGGGAUGUUAAAACAAGCACAGAAAAGUACACGCUUAAGGGUCAUUUACGUUGGGUUCAGACUGUGGCUUUCUCCCCGGACAGUCAGACAUUGGCCUCAGGCUCCGAAGAUGGCAUAGUUAAGCUAUGGAAUGCCAAGACUGGCAUGGAACAGCACACGCUUAAAAGCCACUUAGAUUGUAUCCAAACUCUGGCCUUCUCACCAGACAGUCAGAUACUAGCCUCGGGCUCUAAUGAUACGACCAUUAAGCUAUGGGAUACCAAGACUGGCAUGGAACAGCACACGCUUAAGGGCCAUUUAGGUUGGGUUGUAACUGUGGCAUUUUUGCCGGACGGUCAGACACUGGCCUCAGGCUCUGAAGAUUGCACGGUCAAGCUGUGGGAUGUUAAGACCGGAACCAUUUAUAGGACUAUACCUACAGAGGAACCUAUUAGUCGCUUAAGCUUUUCUAAGCAAGACCGAUAUCUGGAUACGAAUUUAGGUCCUCUUGACAUUCAGUAUCAGGGUGAUAGUUAUCCUCAAACUUCAUAUCAUCCUACCCCUCAAGCAUCCCUGGUAAAUGAAUGGGUGGUUUUCAAUGGUGAAAAGGUCUUGUGGCUUCCUUUUGAAUAUCGCCAACCAAAUUGCCUGGCCAUUAAAGAUGGUAUCCUUGCUCUUGGCUUAUAUUACGGACAGGUUUAUAUUAUAGGGUUUUCCACACCUAUAAGAGGGCCUGGAUAA